AUGGAUGAAGAUGUGAAUACAUCCCCUACAAUAGGAAGUAAUGUAGAAGAGGUAGUUAUUAAUAACACACUUUCCCUUAUGUGGAAUAUUGGUGGCCAAGAAUCUCUUUGUUCUUCCUGGAACACUUACUGUAUUGACCUGGAGUUGUGUAGUUCUUGUGGACAAGAGAAGACCUCUGUAACCAGAGAAGAACUCUAUAAAAUGUUAGCACAUAAGGAUGUCAGGAAAACUGGAUUGCUGAUAUUUGCUCAUAAACAACAGGUUAAAGAACACUUGACUGUAGAGGAAAUCUCCCAGGUUCUGAAGCUGACUUUUAUCAAAGAUCACCAGCAGCACAUCCAGUCCUGCUGA